AUGGCGAUUAAAUACAGUCUCCUCUCCUUGCCCCUCGAAGCGUUCGACUCCUCGGACAGGGACGAUGCCUUGGCCACAUUGCGAUCAAUCGUUUCUGACCUCGGUACCGUUAUCCCAUAUCGCAUCCCUAGCUUUAAGAUCGGCACACUGGACGCGUUAGUGCAACAAGCCGACGACCUGGCAAAAAUGGAUUCUACCUGUGCCGGCGUAGUAUCCAAAGUAGCCGACUCUCUGAAGUCUCUCCUGGGUGGCGAUGAAGGGAAGAUUGCACAGCAUAAGAAAGUAAAUGAGAAUAACGAUAUCAAGACCAAGAUCAAUCAAUACACCUCGGUAAAGACCAGCUUGGCAUCGCUUGAGAGACAGAGAAAUGGCAACCUAUCAACAAAAUCUCUCUCUUCGGUGGUAGAUCCUGCCACUCUUGUCCAAGGCUCCGAAUACCUUGAAAGCCACCUAGUUGCCGUACCAAAGAUUGGCAAGAAGGACUUUUUGCGAGGCUACGAGACUCUAGCCCAGUUUGUCGUGCCCAGGUCAGCACUUCAGGUAGCCCAAGAUGAUGAGUUUGUUCUCUUCACUGUCGUUACGUUUCGGAAGGCCAGUGCCGAGUUUUUGCAAAAGUGCCGCGAACAUAAGUGGAUUCCUCGCCAAUACCGAUACAUAGAGGGCGGGAAAGAGGAGGAACAGCGGGAGCUCGACCGUGUCGCGCAGGAAGAAAAGAGAGCGUGGGCCGAAGCUAUGCGCAUGGCUGUCACCGGUUGGAGUGAGUCUGUGCAAAUUUGGCUACAUAUUCUGGUCUUGCGCGUUUUCGUGGAGGCGGUCCUUCGAUAUGGCUUGCCCCUCGACUAUACCACACCGAAGGCCUCCAAAAAGGUGAAGACAACGCUCGACUCCAAUUUCUCAUACCUCGGUGGAAACGCCGUCCGAAGGGAUAAGCGAGGUAACGUGGCGGAUGACACCGCCUUGGCCUCCGAGAUGGCAGCUGCAGGGCUCGGUUCCGCUGCAAGCGAGUACACCGCCUACGUCUACUUUGAGCUUGAGGUCCCAUAA